UCGUUUUGAUUUUCGAUUGGAAACUGUGAAGAUUUUGUCUGUCAUUUGAAGGUUUGAGGACAGAUCCAGGAUUUCUGCCGCGGAUUUGUUUCGUGUGUUUUUCAGAAUGAGUAGAAUUCUGCGAUUCUCAGGCAUAAAAAACCUGGAACAGUUUAAAUCUUUGUCUGGAUCAAACAUGGGAGCUUCUAAUGCAAAGAUGCAUUCAAGUUCUACGGUCGCGCCUCCGCAUCCAGUUUCUACCGGAAGCUUUGCGAAUCUGAAGCUUACUGCAGAGAAAUUGGUGAAGGAACAAGCUUCUGCGAAAAAUGACCUUGAAUUGGCGAACUCUAAGCUCAGAAAACUGACAGAGCAAAUUUCCAUGCUGGAAGAGAAAUUGCGCAAUGCAUUCAAUGAAAAUGCACAGCUUAAGGUCAAACAGAAAGAAGAUGAGAAGCUCUGGAUAGGACUUGAAUCUAAGUUCUCUUUUACAAAGACACUGUGUGAUCAACUCACUGAAACUUUGGAGCAGUUAAAUGUUCAGGUUCAGCUUGCUGAAAAGGAUAAGGCAUUUUUCGAAGAUAAGAUUUCUGCAACAUCAGCUGUUCUGGAUAAAUUGCAUGAGCAUAUGAAGUCUAUGUCCUUGAAGUUGGACUCUUCGGAGGAAACAAUUAAAACUCGUGAGAAGGAACUCAUGGAACUUGGGCUCGAAAAGGGAAAAUUGGAGACAUCAUUUAGAAAUGAACAGAGCAGAACUACCUGCCUGAUUGAAGAGAAAGAUGGUACGAUAAAACAAUUGGAAGAAGAUGUAGCAGCAAACAAAAUGGCUUUAGAAAGUUUGACUUCUAAGAUGGAAAACAUGCAACUUGAGAUGAGAGUAAAAGAAGAUGAUCUGCUUCAAUUAAGUGUCACCAAGGAAAAUUUGGAGAGAGAAAUCAAGGAUCUAUUGUCCAGCAAAAAUGAUCUUGCUAAUAGAUUGGAUAUGGCAUUCAAAGAGAUCAAGAAUCUUGAAGAUUUUGUUAACACUCUGGUCGUGAAAUUCACGGAAUUGGAGCAUCAAAGCCUGACAUUUUCUGAAAAAGUCGUUGAGCUUAAUGGUUUAUUCGAUUCAUCUGUUAAGUUGGCUCAGCAGGAGAAAGACCUUAUUUCUAAGUCUGCUCAACAAAAGUUUGAUCAGAUAGAAAAUCACCGCACAUGUGUUAUAUCUGAGAGAAAUGCUUUGCAGUUUGUUAAUCAUGAUUUGAACAACAAAGUUCUUGAACUUCAGAAAGAACAGGAAUUUGCUAUGGUGCAGCAUGCAGAAGAAUGCCGGUUAGCAGAAGAGAAAAUUCGGAAACUGGAGUCUGAGCUAGAAACUCUUGUUUCUAAGCAGAGUGAGAUGCAAGCCCGUAUACUCAAAAUGGAGGAUGAUCUCCUGACUUCAUCCGAAACCUCAACAUUAUCUGAUAAAAGAAUGCAAGCCUUGCUGCUGCAACUUUCUGAGUUAGAGACUCAUAGCAAAGGUGUUGUGGAUGGGCUAAAAGCAGAUAUCCUGAAAAAGCAAGACGAAAUUGAUCUUUUGCAGAAAGAGGUUGAGAAAAAUGGAGAGAGUGUAGGUUCCCUUGAGAAAACAGUCAGUGAGCUCGAGAGGGCACUAGAGGAAAAGGACCAGAUUGUGGCUGAACUAAAGACUAGAGAAAAUGAGUUUGAUGAUCAGAAAGCAGAGAUUGCUGCAUCACUGGCUAACGCUGAAAGUAAGCUUGACGAAGCCAAGAAGCAAUAUGAUCACAUGCUAGAAAGCAAACAGUUGGAACUCUCAAAGCAUCUGAAAGAAAUAUCUCAGAGAAACGACAUGGCCAUUAAUGAUAUACGAAGGAAGUAUGAGGUGGAGAAGCAGGAGGCUGUCAAUCUUGAGAAAGAAAAGGCAGAUAAAGUGAUCCAAGAUAUGGAACAAAAAUCUGAGCUUAAGAUUGCUCAGUACAAAGAAGAAUCUCGGCAACAAUUGCUGCGAGUGCAGGAAGAGCAUGCUGCCCUGGUUAUCAAAAUUCAACAGGAACAUGAUAAUAAAGAAAUGAGCCUCACGUAUAAGCACAGCGAAGAACUAAAACGCGCCCAACUUCAAGCUGAAACUGAAUUAAGAGAGAAAAUAAAAUCACUUAGGUCUGACCAUGAGGCUCAAUUAAGAGCUUUGAGGUGUGAGCACGAAGAUGAUUGCAAAAGACUUGAAGAGGAGUUGGCUGUUCAAAAGACAAAGGAAGAGAGGCAGAGGGCCUUACUGCAGCUGCAGUGGAAAGUAAUGGGUGACAAUCCUCAAGAAGACCAAGAAGUGACCUCGAAAAAGAACUACUCUAUUUCAUCUUCCAAGAAGAGAAAUAAAGACAGUGAUAAAAGAACUCAGCAUACUCUUGACAGAACAGAAGUUGAGGAAAAGGAUUCCCCUUACCCGAAAGCAAUUCAAACUCCAGUUUCAAAUUUGUUGAAAAAGGCUGAGAAUGUGAAUGAUAUUCCUAAGCAUAGCAGGAAGGUUACCCACCAUGAAUAUGAAAUUGAAACAUCGAAUGGUAGAACAAUCACAAAGCGCAGGAAAACUAAAAGUACUGUCAUGUUUGAGGACCCUAGGAAGCACAGGAAGAGAAACACACCAAAAGCUAGGACACCGAAAAAUGUUACACAGGGAGUCAAAGGUGGAGUUCCUCCAAAACCUUCCAACAUAGGUGAUUUGUUUACCGAAGGAUCUUUGAAUCCAUACGCAGAUGAUCCGUAUGCAUUUGAUUAGAGGCUUUGAAACGUUAUCUUCGCUGCACACAAAACGAGCCUUACUGGAAAGAGUAUCAGCUGUGCUACGUAUACCUCGUCACUUUAAAUUUCUGAAGAGUAACCUCAGACAUGUUUUGCCAUAUAAUCCCUAUCUCACCAGGUCCCACAAAUUCUUCUUUAAUCAUCCAUUCAUCGAAAUAUUUCCGACUUAACCAUCUGUUUUGGUUUCUUGUAAGCGCAUCCGUAUCUGCAUUACAAAUUGUACUUUCUGUUCAUGACUUUUCUAGGUAGACAACUUGAUAACACCCGUCCACUGUCGCGUUAAUUACAGUCAUACUGGACUUUAUGUGUACAUAUAUUGGAAUGAUAUAAACAAUUUAAUUAGUAGGUAAUUCAUCCCUAGGAACUUGCUCAUUGCAUAAUUUUUUACAACGGAAGGAGAACCUCAUCUGUUAACUUUUGAAUGUGAGCAUAAAUGAAAUUGAUUGUUCAUUAA